AUGGAUUCGAUAUCAUCAUCAUCAUCAACGCCAUCCUCACCACUAUUACCAUCCUCCUCAUCAACCAUAACAACACCCCUCCUAAUGCUCCGCCGUCUCCUCUCCGAAACAACGACCAAUACCGACACCAACACAAACAACUCUACCAUCCUCAGCGCCACCACCAACAAUGGCAAUUCCACCGUCCACACCCUCCACCGCCGCUACCAAACCGUCUCCCUCCCCGCAACCGCCUACGGCCGCCUAGACACCUCCCCGGCCCCCGGCACAGUAGCGGGUAUCGUCCUCGGUACCGUCGCCGGCUUCCUCCUCCUCCUCUACCUGUUAUACGAAACAUUCAUACCCAAAAAACCAAUCGACGAUGCCGCCACCGUUGAAGUCGAGGAGGUAAGACGCCCACAUCCACGUCCCCGCCGCGGGUGGGACGGUUGGGGUCGUGGUGGCGGCGGUGGUAGCUACGGCGGCAGCGAAGAAGGAGGCGGGGACUUUGUCGAUGUGUACGAGGAGGAAAGCGUUGAGAGCCCGCGUAGGGAUCCUGUUAGGGAGAGGGAGAGGGACAGGGGUGCGGGAAGGAGUUGGUGGGGAUGGGGUAGGGGUCGGCAGGCGGAAGAUCGGUCGGAUGAUGGCGGUACGGUUGAGGUUAUGGAGGAAGGGGAUGGGAAUUAUGCGCCGCCGCCUCCGCCUAUGCCGCCGCCGGCGCCGAUGCAGAGGGAGAGGGAGAGGAGGAAGAAGAGGAAAUCAAGAAGGGCGAGGAGGACGGAUGAUCCGUAUGAACGGGGGAGUGAGGAUUGGAAUGCUGCUGGAGGAAGCGUUGAUUAG